AUGGAGGACAGAGCUGGUCAGCAAGAGCAAACCAGACCCAGCCCUCGUCUGGAAAAGCUACAGCAUUGGGCAAGGCAAAGGCAGAGUGGGAACCUGUUGGUGCUGGGGGUGAGCCAACUAUGGCUAGCAGUGACUGUGGUGCCCUUGGCUGUCUCAGUUGCCUGCCUGAACUCUGCUUGUCACAUGGCCACAGCACUGCCGCUUGGACCUGGAGCAUUGGGUCUCCUCACUGGGAUUGUUACCCUUGAGCUGCGCAGAGCACCCCGCCUUUGGAAGGUGCAGGCCAUGAUGAUACUCAACACCAUCGAUCUGAUCUUGGGCUUCAUCGUGGUGGUGGUUGAGGUGCUGAAGACAGCCUUGGGGUCUGCAGCAUCUGCCUCCUCCCAGCUGGACGGCUUGUUGGUGCUGGAGCUCAGUGCUGAGGCUUUCACCCUAGGAGGAGUGCUGGUCUCAGCAUAUUCCCUACUCCUGCUAAGCCAGAGGAAGCCAGGAUGCUGCAGGAGGCAGAGUCUGCACUACCGGGAGCUGCAGCAGGGUCUCUCUGAGUUGGAGGAAGUUACUGAUUUGGAGAAUGGUCCCGCGGCGGCUAGCACAGCAAAUUCAACAACUGCAUGA